AUGAGUGCUCGGGAGCUUGAUGAGGUUGUUAUUAGUGGCGGUAAUCCCAUCUCUUGGCUGUUUCUGACACCUGUCUUCACUGCCUCUAAGGAUUGCAAGGAUGGCUGCCCCGCGUGCUGCUGCACAGAGAGCAUGAAGCCAGCAAGGAGAGUAAAAGUUGUCCCAGACCCAGACGCGGAUGGAGGGAAGUCAUACAGAUGUUUUGGCACGCAGACUUGGAACCAGGAGCCAGUGAGAACCGAGGUGAAUCCAGAGGGCAAUGUGGUCCUGGCCUGCAAGGUGUACAACAAGCAGGGCACGUGUUCCUGGCAAAAAGAUGGCAAGCCCCAGGGAAUGUUCGUGGGCAAGUACGAGUGGGCCGGAGAUCGAGAGGCCGGGGAUUGCUCCAUCAGGAUUUUGGAUGCUGGGGAAGUGGACGACGGGGACUGGGAGUGUCAAGUGACCGCCUCCACCUUCGCUGCCCAUGACGCCCUCACCUCCAGGAUUGCCCAGCUCAUCGUCAGGGUGGCCCCCAAACACCCAGUGCUGGAGGUGGACUCACAGCAGGUCACCGCCGGACACAACUUCACUGUGGUGGAAAAUCGCCCGGGCACCAUCAAGUGUCUCUCCCGCUACGGCAACCCCCCUGCUGAGAUUAAGUGGUUCAUUGGAGAGGAGGAGCUGCCACAGGAGGAGUACGGACAGACCAACGUGACGGAGAUGGACAAGCAGAAGACGUGGAUGGCGGUGUCGGUGCUUCAACAUACGUUCUCCAAGGCGGACCACAACACACCUCUCCGCUGCGUCGCCGUGCACCAGGCGUACCAGACCAAGUCGCAGUCCGUGGAAGUGCUCAUGGAUGUGCAGUACGCCCCUUCCGUCACACUAGAGGGCGCCCCUGCAGAGGACAUCGAGGAGGGCGUGGACAAUGUGGUGCUGCAUUGCCUCGUGGAUUCGAACCCUGGAGCCAAUGUUGUAUGGCGGGUCAAUGGACAAACUGACGUGUUCAGCUUUCAACGUGAUGUUCGCUUCAGUCCCGUGAGCAGGAAGCACUCGGGCACCUACACCUGCGAGGCAAGAAACGCCGUGGGAGGCUCCGAUCCCAUCUCCGUCAAGAUUGAUGUCAAAUACCGGCCCCGUGUCCUCCAGGUGGGUCCCGCGCCCCUGGUCACCGCCACUCUCCACAACCACACGCUGCUGGAGUGCAUCGCUGAAGCCAACCCUCCUCCACAGUACACGUGGAUUCAGAUGAUACCGGACACACAGAAGACAGAAGUGCGAGGCCACAACGCCACACUGCUGCUGGAGGAUGUCACGUACGAGCACCAGGGCGAGUAUGUGUGCGUGGCCUCGUCAGUUAUCCGCGACCAGACGCUGGAGGACCGCAGCGAGCCCAUUAUUGUGGAAGUGGUUGGUCCCCCAGGGCACCCCAAGCCUCAGUUCGGGAAGGUCAUCUGUGUCCCACGAUAUUUCCGUGUUAUUAAUGUGGCUGCUCAGAAAUACGACAAGAAAUGGAGGUGUAUGGGAGAGUCACAGGUGAUGGGAGGCGCUCCCCAGGUGCUGCGGUACACUGUGGAGCGGAACUUGCAGGUGGAGAAAGGCCAGGACGCCGUGAUUCAGAUUGUGUUCUGCUCUGACCCGCGGCCCUUCAGCACCUCCUGGGAGUGGGGCUCCCUCAGGCUGGAGGCGGGCAACGGCAGGGGACGCUACGUGGCCGAGAACUUAGCGCAGCAGGAUGUGCGCGAGGACUGCUACUCCGCCAAACUUCGCGUGCAGGGCGUGGACGUCACUGACUCUCGCGACUACAUCCUCAACGUGCAGAACGACAAGGGCGCCGAUCGCUACGCCGUCGGACUCCGCGUGAACGGACAUGUAGCCAAGCCCCCACUACAGCGUGUCCCUCCCUCAGCAGAGCCCGUGUCCAUGUCCACUGUGAUCGGCAUCGUCAUCGCCUGUUUGGUCAUCCUUGUUCUGGUCACUCUCAUCGUCCUCUACGCCUUCAAGACAGAGAAGUGGUGCUUCUCCCAGCAAAGCAAGGAAUUGUGCAAUCGUGGUUGUCCAGCAAGCAACCCAAACCAGGUCUCGCCCGAGCCGGAAGAUUGGAGCUCGCCAACUAAAUACGCAGUCCCUAACGACGAACGUGGCAGCCGUGGUCGUGUUGCAUUGCAUGCUGACAGGCUAGAACAAGGACUGCAAGAUGAUGAGUGACGGCCCUCCCUGUGCCUAGCCACCGCAUGACGCUCCAAGAUAGAAUGAAGAACCUAACCCACUCACCAGUCCAUAACUUUGUCUUUAGUACCUCAC